AUGGCGAAUUUCCGUGCGUGUGAAAGGGGUACACGCCAUCUCAGCUGCUACAAUAAGUUUCUACCAUGGGAUCAGAGGUAUUAUGAACGAUUAGUAGCAGAGGAGUUCGACAUUGACCACCAGAAGAUCUCCGAGUUCUUUCCACUGGAGAAAACGGCGACGGGAAUGCUGGACUUGUUCGCCUCUCUCCUAGGGCUUCGUUUCGAUCCCAUUCAGCUGUGA